GGAAAAGGAAAAUUAAUAAAAAGAAAACGAAAAUAGAAAUUAUCAAGUUUCCGCCGCUGCUCACCCACACGGCCGCACCGAUCUUAACUGACGAUUUUUCCUCAGCUCUCUCUCUCCCCCCUGUUCCUCCACCUUCACCGUCCCUCCGUGUUUCUAAUUCCAAUUGGGUUUCUGUUUUCGUUUUUUUUUUCCCUUUUCGUUUGAUCAAAUUUCCAUAUUCUGGGUACUUCCUUUUGAGUUUCCAUUCGCGAUCUGCAUUUUUGGGAAUCUUUUACUUCAUAGGAAAUCGUGUGUACUGUUCUUCGCGGUUUAGGGCUUGAAUCUAUCUUUUUUUUGUGGUCGUUUUGUUUGAUCUCCUUCCGGGUUAUUUCAUUUGGGUCUGAUCUUUAUGUGGUUUGGAAUUUCGACUCAGUUUCCUUCUGGUUGGGGGAUGCUUUCUUCAGUUUCUGGUUUAGGGCAUUGAGAAUUUUAGAUUUUUGUUCACCAGUUUGAGGCUUCUGUAGGGGAACUUUUUUUUUUCCAUUGGGAUACGUGAUGGGGAGCGCGGAGGGGUUGAGAAAUUCACCGUUACCUGCUAAUCAAGCGGUGCCGAAGUGCUAUGGUGUGACGAAGCCGAUAUCGUUGGCGGGGCCUAGUGACGCUGAUGUUCAAAGAAGCAAGGAGCUUGAAAAGUUUCUGGUUGAUGCUGGCUUGUACGAAAGCAAAGAGGAAUCUAUCAAGAGGGAGGAGGUUCUUUGCCGGAUAGGACAGAUUGUGAAAGACUGGGUAAAACAACUUACUCGCAUAAAAGGUUAUACGGAUCAAAUGGUGGAGGAUGCAAAUGCUGUGAUUUUUACCUUUGGUUCCUAUCGUCUUGGGGUGCAUGGACCAGGAGCUGACAUAGACACAUUAUGUGUUGGGCCAUCCUAUGUGAACAGAGAGGAAGAUUUCUUUUAUAUAUUGCAUAAUAUUUUGGAAGAAAUGGAAGAAGUGACCGAGUUGCAGCCAGUUCCUGAUGCUCAUGUCCCAGUGAUGAAAUUCAAGUUUGAUGGGAUAUCUAUUGACCUACUGUAUGCUAGUAUAUCUUGUUUGGUUGUGCCUGAAGAUUUGGAUAUCUCUGAUGUGUCUGUGCUAUAUAAUGUUGAUGAGCCUACUGUUCGUAGCCUUAAUGGUUGUCGGGUUGCUGAUCAAAUUCUAAAGCUUGUUCCAAAUAUUGAGAAUUUUCGAACAGCACUUAGAUGCUUAAAGUUUUGGGCAAAAAGGCGUGGUGUUUAUUCGAAUGUGACUGGGUUUCUUGGUGGCGUAAACUGGGCACUUCUAGUAGCACGAGUUUGUCAGCUUUAUCCAAAUGCAGUACCCAGUAUGCUGUUGUCUCGAUUUUUUAGGGUCUAUACCCAGUGGCGUUGGCCCAACCCAGUAAUGUUGUGUGCGAUUGAGGAGGAUGAUCUUGGGUUCUCUGUGUGGGAUCCCCGUAAAAACCCUCGUGAUAGAACUCAUCAUAUGCCCAUUAUAACACCGGCAUAUCCAUGCAUGAAUUCUAGCUACAAUGUUUCUACAAGUACGCUUCGAGUUAUGAUGGAACAAUUCCAAUUUGGUAACAAAGUUUGCGAGGAAAUUGAACUGAAUAAAGCACAGUGGAGUUCUCUUUUUGAGCCAUAUUUGUUUUUUGAAAGCUAUAAAAACUAUCUGCAAGUUGAUAUAGUUGCAGCUGAUGCUGAUGACCUACGCUCUUGGAAAGGAUGGGUAGAAUCUCGGCUUCGGCAGUUGACUUUGAUGAUAGAGAGGAACACUCUAGGAAAGUUACAGUGCCAUCCUUAUCCACAUGAAUAUGUUGACACAUCCAAGCCAUGUGCCCAUUGUGCCUUCUUCAUGGGUUUGCAGAGGAAGCAGGGAGAGAUAAUUCAAGAGGGUCAGCAGUUUGAUAUACGUGCAACAGUUGAGGAAUUCAAGCAUUCUGUAAAUAUGUACAUGUUCUGGAAACCAGGAAUGGAAAUCUUUGUCUCUCAUGUCCGCAGAAGGCAGAUCCCUCCUUUUGUGUUUCCAGAAGGUCAUAGACGAUCUCGUGCUUCAAGGUUGUCAGCCUUGCAACGUGCUGAUGGACCACAUCAUGAAGACAUACAGAACUGUAGUAGUGCUGGUGAGAGAUACCUUAAGAGAAAAAGUGAUCGCGAUCAGAUUGAAGGGGAGCAUUAUUUUCCACGAAAACGGCAGUCUAUUAGUCCUAGAAGACAGGACUCAGUUUCAUCUGAAAAUAUCAGUCAGUUUUCCAAUAGUGCUUCUUCUGAGCGACCGGAAUCUGAUGUUGAAUUGAAAACUGCCAAUGAGAAGAAUAGUAUGUGGCAGACUGUCACUCGGGAAAAUCAAGAGUUAACUUUUAGUGGUUCUUCAGGGCAAGAAUCUGGAAGUGUAGAGAGUGAUAAAGGGUCUACUGCAGAGCUAUUUGAACCAGACAAAAUUCCUUGUACUGAAAGUGAUCAUAGAUGUGCGUCAAAUUCCAGUGUUAUGACUACCUUAACUAGUGAAAGUAGCUCCUGUGAGAAUGUUGGGGUUGCAUCAGCAGCAGGCAGUAGUGAAGGCAAUGCUGGGAGCAUUGAAGGAAGUGCCGAUGAAAGCAACAAUCCCGGAACCUCGGUUGUUGAUUCGUGUGAGGCAGAUUCUGAACUUCACUUGGAGAGUAGUUGCAUAAAUGGAGAUGGCCUGCGUAUGGAGCCAGAGCCAAACGCUGUGCUUGAGAUGGCACUGAAUCCUGGAGGUGGGGUGAAGACAGAAACCAUCCAGAAGUCAGUAAUAAGGCAUGUUUCUUUUCAAAGACAGAUUUAAGUGCUGUUUCUGAGCUCUGUUUAUAUUUUGUUUUGUCUUUAUACUGCUCUUCCUGGUUUUUUUGUAUGUUCUUUUUUUAUCUUUUUAUCAGGUUGAGUAUGGCCUCAACAGCGUGAGAAAAGAGAGAGAGAAAAAGUUAGAACUAUAUGAGUCUAUAUCCUAUCCUGCCUUUGUGAAUCCAUUUUGGCCAAGAAGACAUAGAAAGAAAGAAAGAAAGAAAGAAAGAAAGAAAGCCAACCAUUCUGGGGUAAGUGUUAUUUGAAUUUACUGGCCUUGGCGUCAUUUUUUUGCUUUUUUUUUGUUUAAAGUGCCCCACAUCACAUUCUUUAUACCUACUACUACAAAUUCACCACCGCCGCGGAUCAGAAAAAAAAAUAUUGGCACAAAGUGAAAAGUCCUUUGUACUGAUAACUUGCUCGUGCACUUGAAUGACUGAAUUCAACAAGAGCUGUUUGAGCCUCAAGGGCUCAUUUGGCAUGUCGGGGUUCUCGCUAAUUUACAUUUUGCUUUAGCUGCCGAGUGAUACCCCAUCAUCCCCACGACCCCUAUUUUCGGCAUCUGUAUUAUAUAUAACCCAUAGAAAGAUGUCAUAUGGUGAUGGGGGAGAGUGUGUCAUCUAUCUGGCUUUUUUAUUUCCUCUCUCUUUAGGGAGAUUGGGAUUGGAACGGGAUCAAGUUUUUAGUUUUGUGAACAAACUUUGGCUUGGUGUUUCUCAACCAUCGACUGUAAACUACCAACUAUUUGUGUUAAUACAGAAUUCAACAUCUCUCUCUCUCUC